AGUGAACUGUAGAUUAUACAGGCAGACGAGUGAGCACGAAUCUUAAACAUGGAUCAGUCAUUUGUAAACGUCAAUGGACAGGGGAUAAGGCAAUGACGUCGACGGGUUACAGAUACUUGGACAAAAUCAACUGAACAUCGAAACAACAGUUUUAAAGGCGUUCUAACUUCUGUUGUGAAUAUAUUGAUUCAGCUCACAUUCAGGAUGAAGAUUUCAAUCAUGUUCGAUACGCUUAAUUUUUGUAGAUACCAUGCCUAAUGCAUCUACUGUAUUUCUUAUUGGGAAAUAUCAACGACAGCCUAUAAUGUGACUAAAUAUUUGUUUAAAAUGAGUAACAACACUGUGACCGGGAGGACCAUGGUCCCGACUAUACCGUCCAUCAUGUUUAUUUUCGGGGUGGUGGGAAAUGUGAUUGCCAUCGUGGUGCUCUGCAAGUCCAGGAAAGAACAGAAGGAGACCACGUUCUACACGCUGGUAUGCGGUCUGGCGGUUACAGACCUUUUGGGGACACUCCUGGCCAGUCCCGUCACCAUCGCAACCUAUGUGAAAGGCUCGUGGCCAGGCGGGGAACCACUGUGCCAAUAUUUUGGAUUCAUCAUGCUUUUCUUCUCUCUAGCGGGGCUCAGCAUUAUAUGCGCCAUGUCCGUGGAGAGAUACUUGGCGAUAAACCACGCGUAUUUCUACAACGACUAUGUGGAUCAGAGACUGGCGGGCAUGACGCUUCUGGCUAUCUACAUCUCCAACGUGCUUUUCUGCGCUCUACCUAGCAUGGGUCUGGGACAAGUCAAAAAGCAGUACCCACAAACCUGGUGCUUCAUAGAGUGGCGGAGCAACGUUAGUACUGAUGCCGCCUUUUCAUAUAUGUACGCGGGGUUCAGUUCGAUUCUAAUUCUAGCCACAGUGAUCUGUAACGUUCUGGUAUGCGGUGCUCUGAUUCGAAUGCACAGGCGGUUUGUUCGGAAGAUGUCAUUGUGGACAGACCCCGGACGAAACACAGACCGGAGAAGGAGACGCAGCUUCGGGCAUCUGGCCGGCGCAGAGAUCCAGAUGGUGAUUGUACUCAUAUGCACCUCAGCGGUGGUGCUUAUAUGCUCCAUUCCACUUGUUGUGCAAGUGUUUCUGAACCAGAUUUAUAAGACUCCGGUGGAGCUGAGACUGGAGAAGAACCCAGAUCUACGGGCGAUCCGCUUCGCCUCAUUCAACCCCAUCCUGGACCCCUGGAUCUACAUCCUCCUCCGCAAGGCCGUGCUCCUCAAGCUCAUUGAGCAGAUCAAGUGUCUGUUCUGUAAGAUAGGAGCACGGAGGCAGCAGAGACAGGGAGCACAUAACUGCCACUGCAUUGAUGAACACCAGCUCCACUCCAUCAUCUCUUCACAAGAGUUCCCGUCCUUGGUGUCCCGCGAACUGAAGGAGGUGUCCAGCACCUCUCAGGCCGUCCUCUACCUUCCUGAUGGAAGCUGUCAUCACACAGGAGAGCAGGUUGGGCUCCGCAAUUCCUCUGUCCAAGACCCCCAAAGUUCUUAUUUGUCAGAACAGAGAAGUACAGAGGAUGGGAGGAGAGAGGUGACAAACCUAACCAGGGACCACUCUGGUGUGGGAGGAAAGACCACUCAGUCAUGUGUGAAAGACCAGGCUCUUCAUGUGUUGCUAAGUAAUGAGACGGUACAGGAGAAAUGCAUAUAGAUCUUGUUUAUUUGGAAUCCCAUGAACGGUUACUUCAACAGCUUCUCUAAGACUCCUCAUAGUAUUGUGAAGUGUCUGUGAGUCAGAGGGAUGUCCACACAUACAUUGACGGCACUGCCUUCAAACUGCCCAAGAUGCCUUUUCAGACAGAUUCUGCUCUCCUAAGGGACUUAUUCGGUUAGCGGAAGUGUUAGUGCCAACAGAAAUAGAUUGGCUCCCAGGAUGACUCAUUUGACAUCCUCUAAAGACUAGGAAUGGCACAUUUAGACAAUGUUGAAAAGCUUUUGGUAAGCCAGACAGGAGGAAGGACAAACAAGAGAGAGAAGAUGUCUGCUCCACUUUGAUGUCAAGCUACCUCGACCAGAAACAUCAAUGUUUGUUUGUUUGUUUUUCCUGUCUUCUCGCACAGGUCAGAGAGCAAGGCUGUAAGAGCAGAGCAGCUUCUCCAUGGCCUAAAGGGGCAUUGGCUGUACACUGUAGCUAAACAGUUUAAACACUAGCUUCUUUCAAUCAUUGUGCAAACUGUGAGUUAGUAUUUAGAGUAUUUAAGCUACAAUGAUUGAGAUGUACAGAAUUGUUAUUAUGAUUCAUUGAAAGGAAUGUAGUAUAGGGCCUGUCAUUAUGUGCCAAACUGCCAUGAUAACACCAAGGAAAAGUCAGUUCUCACAAAACGAUUUGUCUGUAGAAGGUUUGCUGUUCAGAGAUACACUUCACUUGACUGUUUUGCAUCACAUAAUAGCUUUAGAGAGUUAAUGUAUAGUGCAGUAUUGUGUGUAAUAACAUUAUCCAUGUGUUGUCCUUCAGGUGAGGAGUAUGUCAAAUUGCGAAUUAGAAGGCUUUUUAGAAUGCCUUAGUCAUGGAAUGAGUUGUGCCAACAUGCAGGGUAGUUUGCCAAACUCUGUAUAUGUAUUUCUAUUACGCUGGUACCAGUUUUUGAACGUUUAUCAGAUUAUCAGUGAUUCACCUAAGUAUUGUCAUUGUCAUUAUUUAGUGACUUACGCAAUCAGCCUGGUCUCAUAUACUAGCAUACAUAAAUCAGGGACACCAGAUUAGUGUGACAUGUUACGUUUGGUAUGAUUACGUCAGACAGAAGGUUACUUAAGGAAAAAUGAAAGGAGGGCGGUUAGUCGGCGUAUAACGCAAACGUCUAGCGCGAACGUCUAGCAACCCAAAGGUUGCGCGUGCGAAUCUCA